AUGACCAUCUCCCCAUCCUCCACCAAAGCGCCCUCCUUGGAGCGUCGGACGUCUACCUUCAAAGGCGAAAUCGGCGACAUCUGGGCCCAAGUGCAGGCUCGUGUCGUCCAGCUGGCUGGCGGUGACCCGUCUAAGAUUGAAGCCGACCUCUCCAUCGAAGACGUUCUCUCCUACCUCGAAAAGACCCAAGAUGCAUCCUCGAAGAAAGACAGCAGCAUCCGCUCGGCUUUCGAGAAGACUCUCCAGUUCAUUGAUACCGUCGGGGGGCUUGUCGCGGGGGGAACUGGCGAGGCCUUCCCCCCCUCAGAACUCUGCUUCAAUGCCGUCUCCAUGGUCAUUCAUGCCUGGCAAGACUAUCAAGGCGUCUUUGAGUCGCUAGCUACUCUCCUCGAGAAAUGCUCCCAGUACUUUCAAAGGCUGGAAUACCACAUCCAGGGUGGCAUGGACGCAAAACUCGCCAAAGUCGCCGUUCAGCAUCUACAGCUGUUCGUCGAGAUCUGCGACAGGACCAUCAAAUUGCGGCGGUCGAAGCGCAGAAAACUAAGCGUGUUUACGAAGUUGCUGUUUCUCAACGAUAAUGAUAUCGCAGAUUUACUGGAGAAGAUGAAAUCACUGGUUGAUGAGGAGGGAAGACUCGUCGCUGCGCAGACAUUCAGCUUCGCGGCACAGGCGGUCGUCAGUACGAGAGAGAAUCUGGCGAUCAGUCGGGCUGUCAAUAGUAAAAUCGAUAUGCUGAUUGCGAAUCGGUCGGAUUCAUUGAAGGAAAGUGACAAGAGACGACGGAAGGAGAGGAUUCUGGACACCCUUGCAUUUGAUGAAAAUAAGCUCGAUCAGGAGAAGAGGGAGCCUGAUCCUUACUGGCAGCGGGUAUACUACAACUACCGGAAACGUGUUGUGCCGGGGACUGGGCAGUGGGUGUUUGAUGAGAACGAGUUCAAGGCCUGGGAGGGUGGAAGCCAGGAUAGUCCACUGAUUCUGGCGAUUGAGGGCACAGAGGGCUCAGGAAAGAGCUACCUCUCUUCAACAAUCAUCCGACGGCUCCGGAAUCGUAGCUCAGCUGCUACUGCGACUGCACCAGAUUCGGAGUCGGAUUCUCGGACACUGCUGGCUUUUUACUUCGUUGAAGGAGAUUCUAAAGAGGAGCUCAAGAGGACCAACCACAUCGACGUGAUCACAAAGUCGCUGAUCUGGCAGUUUGUCCAGGCCGAUAUGUCCUACAUGAAAUCCGUCGCAGGAAUCUGCGAGAGGAACCGUGAUAUGGAUCCGCACGAGAUCGCGGCCAAGUUGCUCUUCGAGAACGCAGAUAUUGGGCAGACGAUCGACGCGAACUUUUUCAUUGUCAUUGACGGACUGAAUGAUGUCGUCGGAGACGCACUCGUCCCAUUUUUGGGUAAUGCUAUAUCUAGCGCGCGGUCUCAUCACAAGAUACGCAUUCUACUGACCGGUCGACCGCGUGCAUUUGAGCAGAUAUCAGCCGCUGACAAGGACAUUGCCUUCAAGACAAUACACAUCAGCGAGCGCAAUCGGCCGGAUAUUGACAUGUACAUCGAGUCACGCAUGGACUCGAUCGACGCCCUACGGAACAAGGAGCGUUUCGGGGUAAAAGACCUCCGCAAGAAGAUCCGCAUUGCUUUGCGUGAUAAGACGAGUGGCGAUUAUUUCCGGGUGAAUACGAUUCUUAAACGGAUCAGCCAUCUGGAUUACGUGAACGAUAUCGACCAGGUCCUGGAGAAUGCGGGGAGGGAACGAUCGCAGCAGAUCCAGGCGGAGAUUGAGUCGCUAAAUAAUGUGCGCAACGCAAAGGAGAUUGCGGAGAUUAACGAGAUCAUUCUCUGGAUUCUGUAUGGACGGGAAUGGUUUAAGCCUAGGCAGAUGGCUGCGGUGCUGUACGUGCAAAGCGGCGAACUGUCAUUGUUGACGCUGGAGGCCAAGUUGCAGCUCAAGUAUACCCUGUUCGAGGUGGAUAGUGACGGCGAUGUAGACUUUCGGUCAUACGAGAUUGUGGACCUGAUUCUUGAGGGAAACCAGAGCCAGGCACCAACAGAUCAAGCAACGAAGAGGAUACUCCCGGAAGAAGUUGAUAUCAUCCGCCACUUCCUCCGCACCGUAUGUCCACCAACCCUCUACGAAAAGUUCGACUUCGAAACCGUUUUCGACCAGAAACUUCACCAUACAAGCGGCACCAUUCACCGCGACGACAAAGAUACAGCGGAAGCAAAGCUUGCCGUAACAUGCCUCCGCGUUCUGACAGAGAAGCGAGACGCGCGGCGAGAAAUCAUUCGCCCAUAUGCAGUGAAUUACUUCCACCAGCAUCUGGCUGCCGUGGACCUCUCGCUUGUCGACCGGAAAUGGAAAAUAGUGGUUGGUCCGCUUCUGGCCAAGUUGUUUCUGGAUGAAGACUCGACUGAUGCAUUGCUUUGGACGGAUGAUCCCGAGGCUGCAAGGGAUUUUGCUUGGAUGGCCAGGGAGGCGUGGUUUGAGGGGGACGGGGCUGUCAGGGAGGUUGCAAGGUGGCUGAAGGAGUCGGUGGCGCUUUCGGAUGUCUCUGACGAGCGGGAUAGGGCUUGGGUGCGCAGUCUCACGGAGAGCUCAGAGCCGGAGAAGGAGUUGCUGCAGAGGCUGGCGAAACGUAUGGUUGUGCAUUGGUUACGAGAAGAGACGCGGCAGGUGUUGGCUGUGUAUGCGUUCUCUUUUAUUUUUGGGGCUUUAAAGAAGAUAAACCGCAGCGAUGAACAGGAGAACCCCGCUGUUAAAGAAAGCGCUGAAGACGAAACACCAACCCUAGAAGACAUCACCGAGAUCGAAAACUGGUCAUUUGCCCUACUUGGCCACAAAAAGGACUCUCUCUGGCAAGUCCAAGUGGCUGUCAUCCUGCGCAACUACAACUUCCUUCACCAAGCUGAGACCAGAUGCCGUCACGCACUAACCCUAGAUCCCAGCAAUUGGCGGGCAUCAUACUACCUAGCGCACGUGGUAUCAUCGAACAGCGAAGCGAUAAAUAUUCUGAACGAUAUCAUAAAUAGACUCGGCACAGACGAGAAAUGGAUGGCAGAGCGCAACCACGUCUCAGCGUACGCAGAAAUGCUCUUCGACCGCGGUCAGCGAUAUUGGAACGCAGAGCAGUUCGAUCAGGCCAUUGGGUCCUUCACGGAAUCAGUUAAGGUCAAUUAUGCAGGCUUCAAACGCAUCUUGACGAUCAUCGAGCAGUACUACGACAGGCGGCUAUGGAGUGAUAUCUUGGAGUUGCUCAAAACGAUCCAGGCCGGUGCAGAGGCCUCCUCUAACCAUAACUCCAGCACACAGAAAAAUAAAUCCCACCUUUCCAAAAUGCUCGUCGACCUCGCCUCAGAAGAAACUUUCCACAAUAUCAUCCUCCAAACAGCGGUCGAAACGGGCCAAUUCGCUUUCAUCGAAGACGUCUACGAAGACGCCAUCAAGCUUUCCACACAGAUGGAAGCGUACACGAGCCUCUACUACAUCCGCUACCACUACGCAAACGAGAUAUUCCAGCAAGACAGCCCCGACGUUGAGGAACGCGCAGUUGCCCUUUGGGAGACAGCACUAAAAGAAGACCUCCCCCGCUCAUUCUUGGACAUUGACUACGUGCUCCCUUUUCUAACCGUGAAACUCGCACCGAUAUAUCUCUCCCGCGCGCGUGCCGCAAAGCCAGACUCGGAAACAGCACGCGAGUACCUAGACCGUAUUGCAUCAAUUACACCAGAUGACGGCUCAGCGUCUUCUGCAUCCACGUCGCAAAGCAACGUGAUACUCCCCGCGAAGCUGUAUCUCGCGCGGUACUAUAUUAUUACGGGGGACAAGAAACGCGCAAAACAGAUUGUACGCAGCGCCGUCAAGAUUGCGCUGGAGAUGCUGUCCGAUGAUGACGCGGACAACGAUUACCUCGCGUACUGGAGACUUCUGCUUGUGUUCCUGCCGCUGAAUGAUGAUGAUAAUGCGCUCGCGGCCGUGGCGAUGGCAGCGGCGGCGAGUCGGAUUGCGUUUGCGAAUGCCAAUGCUGGCCAUGGUCCAGGGAUGCCGCUAAUUGAUGAGCCGAAGAGGAACCCAAAUCCAGUGAACGGUUAUGUAAAAGACCAUAACAGCCCGCGGGGUAAGAAAGAACGCAAGGAACAGAGCCCCCGCGGCCGCCCUGCCCCUACUAUCACAACCAGUCUUCAAACGCAUCCAGGUGCAGGCCCCGGUACACCCGAAACCAGACGUCCCAGUACACCGAACAGUCUGCCCCGAACCCCCGAGCUUAAGCCCGUCGCCCUUGCAGACUUGCACUCCCACUCUGAGCCCGCCUCUGCACCGGCGUCGGUAAGGGGAGACGCAGACGCAGAUGUAGAAGUGGAGGAGGAAGACGCAGCCGUUCCGAUCUUCGCCAUCUGCGACGGCGGCUGCGGGCGGUACUGGCAGGACGCGAGCGAGAUGUGGUGGUGCAAGGACUGCAUCAAUCUGACGUUUGACAAGGAGUGCUUUGAGCAGUUGCGGGGUGGAACGCUGCCGUUGAAGGUCUGUGAUAAGGACCAUGCGUUUUUGGAGGUGCCGAGAUUGGAUAUAAAUGGCAAUGGCAAUGGCACUGAUGGUAUUGCUGCGGGUGUGCCGAGGGGUUACGUGCCGUUUAAGGGCAAGGCUAUCUCGUUAGAGGAGUGGAAGAGGGGUAUUGUGAGGGAUUAUAUAGAGUAG